CACACACACACUGAGUCACAGGAGGGUGCUGUAUCCAACAAAAUCUGAGAACAUUAAGUUCAUUCAGACAACUCUAAGGCAACCAUAUGGGCUUAUAACAUCAGGAUCUUUCUAUUAGAGAACCGUGACAACACUGAUAAUAAUCCUUCAGAAGAACAUGUUGCUGCUGAAUAAGUUCCCUGCAUGGCUUUCUGCAUUCGCUUUGCUUUUGCUGACUCAAGAGCCUGUCUCUACGUCAGAGGUCACAGCCUGUGGAGUUACGGUGGAUCCCCCUGCCAAUAUUGAGAUAACAGACCCUGGCUUCCUGGGGUACCUCAGUAUCCACUGGACUCAGCCAGCCAGCCUUCAGAACCUUACAGGCUGCACAGUACGAUACCAACUCAGAUACUAUGACACCUAUGAGGAACGAUGGAGGAGUGUUCGAACUGUCAAGCUGACUUAUGCUGCUCAGUUUGAUCUUGAGAAACCAGUCAAGGUGAGAAUACUCACUGUGCUGAAGUGUGCCUGUACCAAAGGGACAGAGGUCCAAGGGGAGGAGAAAGAGUGGGUCUACACACCUGAACCUACAGGUGUGGCAGGAUCACGAAUAAGAGAUUUUCACUGUGUUUAUUAUGGGAAGGAGUACAUGGAAUGCACCUGGGAGGCAGGACCUGGCCAACCUCCAGAUUCACAGCACUACCUCUAUUACUGGCACAGGGAAAUGGAUGAAACAAAGGAAUGUCCAGAAUACAUCAUAUCAUCUGAGGGUCGAAGUGGAUGCAGGUUUCCUCGAGAAUCACUCUUGGAGUUCUCGAAGUUUAAUUUAUGUGUAAAUGGAUCCGCUCCAGCAGGAAGUCUGAAAAUGGCCUACUUCUCUAUUGAGGUCCAAAACCAUGUAAAACCCACAGUGGUCUCCUCUGUGCAUGUCUCAGAGACUGAUGGAGAGCUGAAGUUAGAGUGGUCACCACCUAGUGGUCAGGUGCCAGACCACUGCUUGGAAUAUGAGGUGGAGAGCAGCACUACGAUGGAAAAUGGCAAAGAAAAGCAGGAAAAGAUUGUUCUUCAGAAUUUAGAGGACACAUCUUUUGGCAUCCCAAGAAAGGCGGAAAGUCAAAAAACCUGCUUUCGAAUCAGGUCAAAGGUGAACAUGUACUGCGCUGAUGGAGGAUUUUGGAGUGACUGGAGCCAAACAAAGUGUACAGAAGAUAAGGAAACUCAGUACAUCCCAAAAUGGAGAUAUCUCAGUCUGGUGGUCAUUGGCAUUGCUGGAGUCAUCAUCCUCUGUCUUUCAUUAUGGAUAUUAAAGAAGAUGUAACAUAAAAAAGAUCAACAAAAAGGAUGCCCUCUAUACUUUAUACAAGGAGAAGGUCAACAAAACCAUACCCACUAUCCUCAGCCCUAUUUUAAAGUGAUGCUCCCUAAGACCUGUUAUGCUGAAUUAACUUUUAGCAGUUCUAGACUGCAGUAAAAGUAGACUACUCAGACAGAGAAAUAAACAUGAGAAGUGAGACUUCAACAACCUUAAAGUGAUAGCUGAUAGAAUCAGUAGUCUUGUGGAAUAGGUACGGGAGACCUAAAUGAACCACAGCACUAACCCGAAUGUAUGAACCGCUUUGGUUUUCAAGACACUGUACUACUAUGUGAUGUGUUUACGCACAUAUCAUGUGUUACUUAAAGUUACUCAAAGAUUUUUCAAAUGCCAAUGAUCUUGUCAGUUUAGUCAAUUUUUUUUUUCUAAAUGCCAGUGAUCUUGCCAAUGAUUUUUCAAAUGCCAAUCAUCUUGAUAUUUUAGCCAAUGAUUUUUCAAAUGCCAAUCAUCUUUAUAUAUUAGCCAAUGAUUUUUCAGAUUCCAAAGAUCUUAUCAGUUUAGCCUGUUUUUUUUUUUCAAAUGCCAGUUAUCUUCCCAAUGAUUUUUCAAAUGCCAAUCAUCUUUAUUUUAGCCAAUGAUUUUUCAAAUUCCAAUGAUCUUGCCAGUUUAACCAAUGAUUUCUCAAAUGCCAGAGAUCUUGCCAGCAAUUUUUUAAAUGCCAAUCAUCUUGGUAUUUUAGCCAAUGACUUUUUCAAAUGCCAGUGAUCUUGUCAGUUUUAUUUUCCUAUCAGUUUUUUUUUUUGCUGUUUCACUUUGACCUAUGACUUUUCAGUAUUUGAGAUUAUUUUACUGCUGAUUACGUUAUGAAGAAAUCAGGAGUAAAGAGUAUUCAUAAAUUAAGGAAAAAGGUGUUUUUAUAUACAUUAUUAAAAUCAAAUUUUUAAGUUUUUACAACAGAUAAAAUCAUCAAGAAGUCAGUAAAACACCCCCAACCCACAACUACAGUGUGUACAGAUAUGCAGAUACAAAACAUAUUUUCAUUCUUGUUCAAAUACUAAUCAGAACAUCAAAGCCAUUCCUGUUGAUCAUCAUCACUUCCUGUGCUGACUAGGCCUGGUGAGUAUGUAUGGUGACUGGAAUGGUGAUGUUUGGUUGAGUCAUCAUGAUAUCACACAGUACAGCACAAAUGACACUCUAUACCUCCCAAGAAACAGAGUCGCUUUAUUCAGAGAAUUAUCGCUCAUGCAACAAGCAUUAUUGUUUUGACAAUGCUCUACAUUCACGUCAUCAAGCCACAGUUCUGUAAUAGUAAACCUAAUUACUUUCUUUAACUUACCAAUGUAAUAUUGAUGGAUGCUAGUGUGGUAUCCACACCCUGCUUACUUGACUCAACUUGCCUAGACAUAAGAAGUUAUUAAAGGGAUAGUUUUCCGAGAGGUGAAAAUCCUAUCAGCAUUUACUGUAAAAUCAGUCAGCAUGUCUAUAAAAUCUGUAUGUCCUUACUUCUUCUGUAAAACACAACAGAAAAUGUCAAAAAAAUAUCUCGGUGUUGUGUUUUGUUUUCAUGCAAUGAUAUUUUGGACUAUGUUUACUUUCAUACAUGGACAAAAAAGAUGAACGUUUCAUGAAAAUAUCUUAUUUUGUGUUUUGCACUUUUUGUGUUUUGUCAAAAAACUAUUGUUUGCUGGCCAGUGUGUCUUUUUACAUUGUCUAAUUCAUUGAUAGAAUUAUGUAUUUUCAUUCUUGAAUAUUUCAUUUGCACCAGUUGUGAUCUGAGAGUUUGGUAUAAAAAAAAAGAAAAAUAAAUUGAAUGAACGUUUUGUAACACUAAAUUAAACACGAACAGAGUGAAGUAGUAUUUUCUUAUGAAACAGUUGUUUUUCAAAAAAAUUGUUUUACUGUGUACAGCAGUAUAUAAUAACUAACACUUUGUUACAAUAUUUCCAUGUUGAAUUCAAGUUAGGCCACUUAUUGAUACGGUGUCAAAAAUUAUCAAAUUCAUCCUAAUUUUGUAUCAAAGGUUUAAAUUGUGAAAUUGUUUAUAUGUAUAAAUAAAUAAAUAAAUCUUAUACAA